UUCAGAUAGUGAUGAGCACGUUGUGGCAAACGAACAUGCUAGGAGUAACUUUAUUAUAUUUUUCGCUGCUUUUCGUUUCCGCAUCUGUUUUAGGAAAUGAUUCGAAUUUUCUAUUUAAUUCCGAGCGAUUUCCAACAGAACCAGCCGUUCCAACACUUGCGAAUGGAAACCUUGGCUUCGUAGCGCAUAGUGACAGUGUUUUUCUCAAUGGCGUCUAUAACGGCCGUGGAUUACAGAGCCACCGCGCGCGUAUACCGAACUACGCUCGACUACAGUUGGUGCAAUGUGCCAAUAUUGAGACCAAUCCUCCGUACUGCACUUACCAGCUAGACCUGAAGUUUGGUCGUUUUCGAACAGUGUACGACGACCCCAACCGACAGUUGCGAUUGAUCCACGAAGUUUAUCCGCAUAGGUUCUACGAUCAUGCCAUCGUGAAUCGCUUCCGCAUUCAACGCCUCAACGGCGAAGGUGUAGUACAAGUAAUGAUUCAGCAGGACCCGGGUGAGCCCUCCGAGGAUAUUGAAUUUCAACCCACUCAGAAUCAAGUGAUCGAUGGACACAUGGUUUUGUUCCAAUGCGGUCGAACGAAGCAAGUUGAAGAUCCUAUGAUUCAGCCUGCGGGUAUGCAAGUGUGCGUUUUCUUCACCAACGUCCCAUCUAUACUGCAAAUGGAAGGUGAUCGAACGUCCCAGGAUUACUUUUUCUAUACUGUUUUUGCCCGUAGUGAGACAGUGGCAGUGCAGGAACUUCGGAUGUUAAUGUCGGUUAAUCCUGAAUUGUCACACAUAACUCAAAUGCAAGCCAUGUGGGACCGAUACGGAAUAGGUGUAGAGGGAAACGAUGCAUUAGAUCGUGCUCUCAAAUCUAGUGCUUUCACAUUGUUUAGUAACGUACCGUCACCAGUCACAGCGCAACCAGAUGUCUUUCAAUGGUAUGGAAUUUCUCCGUCUGGGCUUGGACGAGGAGGAGGUUCCAGCCAAGGUUUUCAGGGACACAAUAUGUGGGACAUGGAUAUCUGGAUUUUCCCUACCAUUCUGUUGGUAGAUCCGGACGCCGCUUUGAAACUGCUGGAAUACAGAAGUGUCAUCUUGCGUAACAGUCUCGAUAUAAAUGCGGUUUAUAAUGGAUUUGAAGGAUGGCAAUAUCCAUGGGCAUCAGCGUUCACCGGUCGCGAAGUAUCACCGUCGGCAGAGGCAGCUGCAUUGCAGCAUCAUAUUACCGGAGAUGUCGCAUUCGCAGCCCGACAGUAUCUGCUGGCCACUGACGACAUGUCCUGGAUGCUCACGAAUGGUUGCGAAUUGGCGUAUGAAACUGCGAAAUUUUGGAAGAGUCGAGCGGUUUACAAUCCGGACACCGAUAAGUUUGACAUUCGUUCGGUAACUGGUCCGGAUGAGAUCCACCGCAAUGUUACCAAUGACGUGUAUACGAAUGUGAUCGCUGCCCAUAACCUUUUCUUCGGAGAAUUUGCAGGUUGUAUGUGCAGAAGUACACUGAAGUUGCAGGAAAAUGAAUGGCACGAGCUCACCAAAAUCGCUAAGAGUUUGCAACUUUUAUAUGAUCCAACGAAGGAUUACCACCCUCAGUUCGAAGGGUACACCUUAGGAAAUCGUAUUGGACAAGCGGAUGCAGUAUUACUGAGCUAUCCUCUAAUUUUCCCAAUGAACGAUGAAACGAAGCGACAUAAUCUUGAAAUCUAUCAAGCAGCUGUAGUGCCAAACGGUCCAGCGGUGACCUGGCCGAUACAUACGAUCGGAUGGCUAGAGUUGGGUGAGUUAAAUCUCGCUGCCGAAACAUUCCGUAAAAGCUACAACGAGUAUUUACGUCCGCCAUUCAACGUGUGGAAUAUGAUGCCGAUGGAUUUUGCAGGAGGUUCGAAUUUUGUCACAGGUGCCGGUGGGUUCCUGCAGGCAGUACUAAAUGGCUACGGUGGGAUUCGCUUAUCUAUCGACUCGUUUACAAUCAAUAAACCACGAUUACCACCGGGAACGACUCGAUUUUUCGUUCCGGAAAUAACCUACAUGACGAGGAAGUUUUCGCUAGAAGUACUACCGGAUAAAUUCGCAGUAGUUUUCAAAGCUGUGUCCACGAGUCCGAAUCUCAGUUUGUUUAUCGAUGAAGUCGAAUAUACAUUGUGCGAUACUUGUGUUGUUUACGGGAAAAACAGCCUAAGACUGCAGCUGGUACAGUCGGAACCGAUUGCGAAUGACUGUGUACUGGAGGUGACAACCAUGAACAUGAAGCUAGGCGACCAGAAUGGUAGUGCCAGCAUAAUAUCUUCUGCGCAUUUAAUGGUGUACAUACCCAUAAUGGUUCGAUACAUCUUCACCAGCAGGACUUAAUUUUAACUUUUAGCGUAUAUUGAAAAAUUGAACACAUCUGAAAAUUUUGCCAAAUUGUUUAAUUAUUUUAGUGUGCUUCAU